AAUAAAUAUAAAUAUUUAACAAUUUGAUUUUUAUCUAACUUAAUAGGUUAAUAUAUCAUUAUGGAGUAUAAGACCAUAGUAUUGGUUUACAUCGUAAUUAUUUGUCAGGGGAACUUGAAAGUGAAUUCAUCUACAUCUGGACUGUUGGAAGUUGUGCAGCCUGCUAUAGCUGGCAGAAGAGUGAAUAUCAUUUUUACACCGACAGUAUAUAACAGUGACAAACAAGUGACUCUCGAAUACAAGUAUGCUAUUGUAUUAAGUUCUUGGUAUGACGGACCCCGGCUAUAUAGUAAAACAUAUGUAGCAGAAGAAGGUCGCUUUUACCUGACCACGGAUCAACUUGCUGCAAAAUGGAACAACACCGCAUUGCGGGCGAAGUAUGGCGAUGAAGAGUCGUUGCAAGCAAUUCUCAUCAUAAUAGACCUCACCGGUACAUGCGGUUACGUAUAUUUGCGUUCCCAAUUGCCAAUACUGACCGGAACCACUGUGGAGUUGGGCUAUUUUGCCGCCCCUGCCGUCAUUACCCAUUCAGACAUUUAUGUCCGUGAGUGGUACAAAGGCAUUCCUAGUUCCAGGUCAGUGCUUCAUGUCGACACUGACUCUAAUCUCAUAGAACGUGAGGAACCAAACUACGAGUUUGUCCUCGAAAUUCACAACUUUGACCAGGGAAGGAACGGGCUUUAUAACGUUAGAUGUAGAAAUGGCAAACACACGAACAUAGUUCAACUAAGUGUCCCAGUACCCCAAACGAAGCCUGCCAUUGGACCUGUAACAACUCUACAGGACGAAGGCAUGUACAUCAUUGCUAAGCGGGACCACACUAUCCCCGUAUAUUGUAACGCGACUGGAACUGACUUGACUGUGGAGGUUUUGUUUAAUAGACGAACAUGCAAAACAGAGGAAUCAGGACCAGAUAUGUAUUCAGCAAUUGUUUGCAAUGCUUAUGACGCAGAUCACUUGGCAAGCGUCAGAUGUUCUGUGUUGAAUGCAGCGGUGAAAGAUCCGUUAUUUAGUGAAGAAUAUCAACUAUACGUUGUUGGUCAAGCAAGUGCUGUAGAAAUUAACCAUACAGAAGACUUACGCGAAGGCUUACCUGCCAACAUUACUUGCAAGGUGACUGGAAGCAGGCCGCCACCAGAAAUUGCAUUCAUUGUCGACACCAUCACUAUAGACCAAGGUCUAACACAUUCACAUGAUGACCUUACCUAUCAAGCUACGCUGCGUUUUGUAAAAAGAGAAUGGAAUGGCAAAAACAUAAGAUGUCAAUAUAACAAUUCUUACUUCACCGGCAGAUCACAAGAGCGUUGGCUUAAUAUAUCGUAUCCUCCUUCCCAUGUACUUAUAGAAGAUAUCUUCAGUCGUCCGGGGAAAACAGUGUACAAAUGCACGCUGAUCGAUUCUAACCCAGUGUGUAACAUCAAAUGGACAGCAGACGGAAACACAUUUUUAUUCAAGGAAACAGAAAACAAAGUUGAUGGCCUAACAAGAGAAAGUUGGAUUGAACUCAAUGCCUCCCGGAACAUGUACCGUGCCACAGUGCAAUGUACACCGCAGUGCCAAUACUUUGAGUCGAAACUCAACGCGUUCCAACAAAUACCAAUUAUACCUAACAUCACGUUCAACGUUGCAAGAAAUCAGAAAAUUACUCAAGAAUUCCCCAAGGUGGUUACGUGUUACGCUGAAAGCUUACCUCUUUCACAUAUAGAACUAAUAUACAUGCAAAACAGAGAAAAGAAAAAUGUAAGUUGUUUAAAGGAUGUCAAAUGCUCAAUCACGCUUGAGGAGCUGAACAUUCGCCUAGGAGGAAGAAUGAAUCUUGAGUGUUUUGCAACUUACACUUACCAACAUGUAACAGAAAUUUUGACAACUCAAGUCACAUUAUACAGAGAUGACGGAGAUGCUCAAAUUGAUACCAUAGACCAGAAUCGAACUCCGAAGGAAAUAAUUUAUCGCAUUAUUCAUGCUCUGUUGAUAUCUGUUGCCGUUGCCGUUAUUGCAUUAGUAAUUGGUUUUUUAAUGUGUUAUCGACAGUAUAAACGACUGAAGCAGAAUGCAGCCCGAGAAAGCUGUCCCCAAGCAAACGCAAACGAAGAUAUUGCUGUGGAAUUUUCAAAUGAUGAAAUCACAUAUACCCAGGUGAACAAAACAAGAGCAAGACCAGAAGAUAACAAGAUGGAGAAUCAGUUGGUGUAUAUUAAACUGGACAAAGAAGCGCUAGAAGCUUCAAUUGGAAAGAAUAUUAAGAAAGUCGCGGACAAAAAAGUUGAAUACGUAGAUAUAGACUUUACUCAAAAAUGCCAAGAAGCAGACGGAGAAGAUAACGUUUACGCAAAUCAGUAUGGAGGACACAUGUGAAUUGAAACACAAAUGGCUAAUGAAUUAGUUAUAAUUUAGGCUUGUCCCUCUUAUUUCUAUUGUUCAAUUAUGUUUUUCAUUGAACCAUUUGCCUCGAAACAAGGUUAUUGUUAACAAUUUUGGCUACUGGGCUUGUAGUUUACAUUUUGCUAUGUAUUAAAACAUGUUUCAAUAUUUACACUAGCAUGAGUCAUAAUUAAUCCGGGGUAUUAAACAAGGCUACUUUUACUUUGAUGUAUACCUUUACUUACAUUAGGCCGUAGUAUUGUUUCGUUUCCACUUACAUCUCCAAAACAAUAGGUAUUACUUUUUUCUCUUUUUUUUCGAGAACCGGGUUUCUCUACAAAGCCCCAGGACCUAUAACAGACAUGCCACUAUUAUAGAAUUUUUUUAAUUUAAAACGGUCAAAUUUUAACAUAUUAACUAAAAUAAAUUCGUUGAUUUAGGAAAUUACAAAAAUAUCCACAUAUCGAUCAAACGCAAAGAAAGUGUCGGGAGGAAAAUAGGGUAGGUCGGGUUAGUGAGCACGUAACUUUUUUACGGUUUCUGAUAGACAGAGACAGUUAUUUUUGAAACGCUUCGCUAAUAAAUUUCAUUAAGAAUAAACAACUAUUGCAUCAUCCAUUUUAUUAUAUAUUAUCGGUUUGCAGCAAUUUCAAUAAUUGCUUGUGGAAAAUAAGAAAGAGUGAACCCGGACAAAUGUGUUAUGCGUAUGUAGUUUAGUGACAAUAGGGAUUCAAACAAUGGCAUUAAUUCAUUUGUACUCAUUAAAAAUAUAUGUGAAUGUAGCAUUGUAAUUUUAAGAAUAAGUAAAUUAUUUGAGAAAUUAUUUUAGAGUUAUUGUUAGAAUAUUGUUAAUGUUCUACAUACAGAGUAUGAAACUGUA